AGUAGAGUGCGUGAUAAGGAACAGUACAAAUGGCGCUUACAUUUGUGUAGGUGUACUGUGUACUUAGUUCAUGCUGUGAGAUUUUCCUGAAAAAAUGACGUCUCUGUUGAGGAAUUGUUUGAAGAUCUCACGAAAUUUUCCCGUCGCGACACCAAAAUGUUAUCCAAAUCUUUUUCCUUUAAUAAGAACGAACACUACGACAACCGAAAAGACAGAAACACAACCAACGGUCCGUAAACCUACUACUGUGGAUGUAGAAAGUUUAAAGGAAUUUGGUCAAUAUGUUGCCGAAUGUUUACCAAAAUUUGUACAAAAGGUUCAGAUAACUGCUGGUGAUGAACUCGAAGUAUUAAUUGCUCCCGAUGGAGUUGUUCCAACUUUGUCAUUCUUAAAAGAUCAUCAUAAUGCUCAAUUUCUUAGCUUGGCAGAUAUGACUGCAAUGGAUGUUCCUGGUCGGUUAUAUAGAUUCGAGCUUAUCUACAAUCUUCUAUCGAUAAGAUAUAACUCACGUAUUAGAGUAAAGACAUACACUGAUGAAUUGACACCUAUAGAAUCAGCAGAAUGUGUAUUUGAUGCUGCUAAUUGGUAUGAACGGGAGGUGUGGGAUAUGUUUGGUGUAUUCUUCCGUAAUCAUUCGGAUCUUCGUAGAAUUCUUACAGAUUAUGGUUUUGAAGGACAUCCAUUGAGAAAAGAUUUUCCACUUUCUGGUUAUGUUGAGGUACGCUAUGACGACGAGAAGAAGCGAGUGGUAUGUGAACCACUAGAAUUAACACAAGAAUUUCGUAGAUUUGAACUAUCUGCUCCAUGGGAACAGUUCCCUAACUUCCGACAAAUUCCAUCUUCUUCCGAAGAUGCAUCGAAAAAAGAAUAAAUUAUAUAGUUAACAUCGUAUAUUAGACGUUAGACGUUUCUAUAUUUACACAUAGAAAGCAUAUAAAAAUAACAAAAGGGUCGCUCUUUAAUUUUCUUUUAAUAGUAAUUAUUAGUUAUUGCCCCUCAAUAAAACAGGUUGAGACUAUGAGUAAUUUCUUUAUUAAUCCUGGAGUGUAAGUAGUUACCCAUUUUUAUAGGAUGCUUCAAAUUAGAUAUGCAUACUUCGUGUCAUUAUUUAUUUUACAUAUUGUAUAGUAUUAUAAAUGUAAUUUAUUAAUUACAAAGUGCUUAUAUUCUAUUUUGUAAGGCAUGUUUUUCGGUGAAUUGUAAACAAAUCGAAUCAAUAAUAAAAUUGACUGGCCCUAUU